UGAAGGAUGGUGAUCAGAAGAUGAAGAAUAAUAGUAAUAAGUGAAUAAUAAGUGCUCAUUAUCUGCUCUUCAGUAUCCCAGCCAGAUGAUGGCCAAUAAGAAUGUAUAAUCUGUUGUUCUGUAGCUCUUUUCACCUGGAGUCUGCUGAUUAUAAACAGGAAGAUAGUCUGUUCAGCAAUGAACAAUACUAACUGUACCAUAGACCACCAAUUAGACAGAAAUCUGUUUCCUGUUCUCUACAGCCUUGUGUUUACUAUCAGUAUACCUGCCAACUCUGCGGCCCUUUACAUAGCCUGCUGCCAGAUCAAGAAAAGGAAUGAGUUGGGAAUUUAUCUUUUCAGUUUAUCUUUAGCUGACCUGCUCUUCACAUUGACCUUGCCUCUAUGGAUUCAUUAUUAUUGGAAUAAUGACAACUGGACCCUUUCCCCUGGCCUUUGCAAGUUUUCUGCUUUCUUCGAACACCUGAAUUAUUACACUAGCUCAGGAUUCCUCACUUGCAUUUCCAUCGAUAGAUACUUAGCUGUGGGUCACCCCCUGAGGUUCCAUUGCUUGCGGACCAGAAAGUGUGCCUUGCUUGUUUCUCUCCUAGUUUGGGCCUUUGAAAUCACCUUGAACUGCCAGCUUAUACAGCAAACGGAAACAUUUAACGAAAAAUCAAGUAACCCUAACCAUGCUAACCAUACUUUUUGUUUUGAAAUGUACCCUCUGCAAGACUGGCAAGCCAAGUUUAACUUAUAUCGGAUCUUUUGGGGUUAUGCAGUUCCUUUGGCUACCAUGGUUUUCUGCUACCUAAAAAUCUACCAAGCUGUCAAACAUAAUCAAGCCACUGAGGACACUGACAAGAAGAAAAUCAACCACUUACUGUUGGGCAUCAUCGUCACCUUUUUUGUGUGCUUCACUCCCUACCAUAUUGUUCUGCUUAUCCGCAGUAUCUUUGAGCAUGACUCCUGCUUUGCUCAAACCAUGUUUAAGCCCUAUCGGAUUACAGCUGCAUUAACGAGUGUAAAUUGCAUUGCUGACCCAAUCCUCUAUUGCUUCGUGAGUGAAACCGGAAGAGCAGAUUUCUGCAAGGUGUUCAAGUGUGGUUCCCCCAUGAGCCAAACUGAGACACAACUGCAAAUCAUUACUGUGUCUAAAAAUUCACAAAAGAGGACCAUCAAUGUUCCAGAAUAAUCAAAAUGCCCACAGGCCUGAAUGCAGAGCAUUGCCAAAGUUACACAUGACAAAUGGAGCCAGCGUGGUGUAGUGGUUAGAGUGCUGGACUAGGACCGGGGAGACCCAAGUUCAAAUCCCCAUUCAGUCAUGAUACUGGCUGGGUGACUCUGGGCCAGUCACUUCUCUCUCAGCCUAACCUACUUCACAGGGCUGUUGUGAGGAGAAACUCUGGGCUCCUUGGAGGAAGAGCGGGAUAUAAAUGUAAAAAUAAAUAAAUAUAAAUAAAUAAAUAAUAAGGGUGGUGUCAUGAUCCUGGAACCAGGACCCACCCCCGCAACCAGAAGAUAAGGUGGAUGGUUUCAAGGAUGAGACAAGGUAGGAAGACCCUAUGACCAGACCCCGGGCAACCCCAUGCCACUGGAACUCCUUACACCAGGGAAACCAGAUCCACUGCCUUCACCACAAUCCAAGGAGAUGGCCCUGCCUUCAUCCUCUGACUUGGAAGCAUCCCUUCAGGACCUGCCUGUCCAAGUAGAGGUAGAGGUCCUCCAGUGCUGCCAGAGCCAAUGCUUACAAAACAGGCAGGGUCCCUUUAAACAAUAGAGACUUUUCCAGGGAAUGGGUGGGACCAAGCUACUCUACAGAGGCUGUGUGUGUGUGUGUGUGUGUGUGUGUGUGUGUGUGUGUGUGUGUGUGUGUGUUUGCAGUCAUCCACUGGAGCAACAUCCAAAGUACCCUAUUGUACCCAGCUCUCUCUCUCCCUCCUUCUUGGAGCGCCCUGAGGUCCUGAACCCUUUACUCACUGCACUUCCUUUGACAUUGUCCAAGGUCUGAUGCCCUCCUGAGACUCCUACCAGCAUCCAGAAACCUGCCACAGCAGAGGCCCCAGCUUGGCCCUUGACCAAGGAACAAGGCAAGGAGUGGAGCCUUAUUGUCCUCCUUUUUGCAGGGUUGGAUCCAAUGGAAGGGCUGCUUCCAUGGGUUGGAAUGUCUCCUAUCAGCCAGCCCUUGAGUCCACCUGCAGCUGCUUCUCCCCUCCUCUGGAGGGAACAGCCUGGAUCCUGAACUUUGCCAUCAGCCACCAAGGACUAGAAGAUGCUGUCAGAAGCGCACUUAACUUUGUCUCUUUGUCAUGGACUUUAAUUGUUGAAAGCUGCUUUAGAAGCCAAUCUUAGCUAAAACAAUAAUAACCCAGGGAACCAAUCUCAUAAAAUAAAGUUGCCCUUCUGCACACGAGAGGUGUCUUCAGCUCAUAGAAGGGUGUUCCUCCUAUACAAUAUGCUAGCACAGGGGCUCCCAGAUGGUCAUUUGGUCCCCAAAUGUUGUUGGCCAAUGUGGCUGGAGAUGAUGAGAGCUGUAGUCCAACAAUAUCUGGAGAACCCAAGGUUGGGAACUCUGUGCUAGAGUGUUGGGUCCCAGAGCAUGGUGUAAGAGCACAUGAUACAGCCACUUUGCUCAGGAUAA